UGUAGUGUCAUGUAUGCCGGGUGUCAGGUUUAUCUGUAAGGAGACACUUCACGGGGAUGUCUACAACGGCCCUACAGUGCCCCUUUACGGAAUAGAACCGAGGCUCCCUCUCCUGUUACAGUCUCCCCACUACUAUACUGUAAACCAUUGCCGAGUUUGCUGACGAUUUAAGGCUAAAGGAAACAAAUUUCUGCAAAUCCUGAACAUAAUUGAAAAAUGGAAACAACCAAAUGUGCCAACCCUGACUCUGAGGGAGAGAGACCUGUGACAGACAGGAAUUCCAAAAUUUCUGAUCGAUCAUGUAACACUGAAGGUGACCAAUCGGAGCCUGGCACAGACAUUCCAGCUGAACCUGGUUCCUGUCACAAUGUAUCUUCAGAAGAAGAGGAGGUGACUGAUGAUUCCGGGAUCCCGGUAGACCGGGGCUGGUCAUGGAUGAUUGUAGUAGGUUGUUUCAUCAUGCACAUAUUCUGUGUGGGCGGCAUCAAGUCAUUCGGCAUCUUCUUUGUGGAGCUGGAGGAAAGAUUUGAGACGUCAUCAAAAGCACUUGGAUUUGUACAAGCAGUGGCGAGCACAUUGAUGUUGGGCCUAGGUCCUGUCUCUAAUGCACUGAGUGUGCGCUUCACGUGCCGGACGGUUGUCAUCAUUGGUGGAUUGUUGAUUGGGACUGGCUUCAUCGGCACUGCCUUCAUCCCUACCUUCCCCUGGCUCUACGUCACAUAUGGACUAAUGGCAGGCAUGGGGUUUGGGUUGAGCUACGCCCCUUGUGUAGUGAUGGUGGGGCAUCACUUCGUCAAGCGCCGGUCUUUAGCCAAUGGCAUCUCAGUGGCAGGUAGUGGUGUGGGUCAGUUCGUGCUGCCGAACCUGGUCCGCUACCUGCUGAAUGAGUACAGCUACCAAGGAUGUAUGUUAAUUAUCGGGGGAUUGAUGCUCAAUGUUUGUGUCUGUGGAGCACUCAUGCGGCCAUUAUCAAGUUACAAGAAAAAGAAGAAAGUGGAGACUUUGAAUCAAAAAACAGGACAAGGGGCUUCUGGAUAUAAUCAGGAAAUGACAGGGUCAAGUCAUUCCUUAGAGUCUGGAUCUGCUGACCGCUAUUCACGCCACAAGAAUCGCCUGAUUGACAGCAAAAUGCGAUUCUUCUCGGAGGAUGUUCCUGAAUUGCAUGGAUCCAAGCAUUCUCUCGACAGCAAACGACAGCCACCCCAGAGAUUUUACUCAGUCGAGGAGGCUGCCCCUCCUUCUCCAGUGCGUCAUCGCCGAUUGCGACAUUUAUCAGAGACCAAAAGCGAAACAUCGCUAUUUGCCAGCACAGGUGAUCUUGUGAUUGCUUCAUUACAAAAUAUACCAGGAUCAGUGGUAGAAAUCGUUGAAACUGAAGAACCUGUGUCAAAAUAUCGCUGUUGUGAUCUGUGUCGUGUGUCUGAAGCCAAAUCAAAAUCAAGUGUGCCACUGUUUGACUGGCAACUUCUUGUGAAUCCAGUCUUCCUGGUGUAUUUAUGCUCGGUUUUAAUAGCCAAUUUCGGUUAUCCGAAUGUUUUCAUCAUGCUAGCAUCAUACUGUGAAGAGUUACAUCUUGACAAAGACACGGCAGCCUUGUUGUUUUCAUUAAUUGGAUUAUCCGACUUGUGUGGACGAUUAUUUUUUGGUUGGUUUUCCGACCUGAAAUUUUUUCCAAGAAGGUAUGGAUUUCUUGGAACCAUGGCGAUCAGUGGCAUACUGUCAAUAUUGUUACCACUUAUAAAAUAUUAUGAAAUGUUAGUAUUCUAUUGCUGCACGUAUGGCUUCUUCGCUGGAUCAUACAUAGCCCUUAUAGCAGUGGUACUUGUGGAUUGUUUAGGGAUUGAAAAACUGUCCAGUGCUUUUGGAUUCACGACGCUGUCGAUGUCUAUAUCCCUGCUGAUUGGGCCUCCAAUAGUUGGUGGUAUACGAGACCAGAAUCAGUCUUGGGACCUAUCGUUCGUAUUCUCCGGUAUUUCAGGGAUUCUGGGAGCAUGCAUCGUACUCCUUGAACCCCUGGCUCAGAGGAGGUUGAAAGCAGUAGAGAAAAGGAAAUUUGACAAAGAACUUGAGCUUGAAGCUGUGAAAACAGAAGAAACCUUGUUAGAGAAAAGUUGAUGUUGGCUUGAGUUGAUUAGGAUAGAAGGGUUUAUUUUGGACAGAUGUUUAUGUAGUAUUUUCAACAUAGGACUUAAUUUUUAACUCACCUUUCCUCAUGGUAGUGUGCAUAUUACCUUUGCUCAUCCGAUACAAAGAUUGGAAACGUGAUCUAUAAGUAUCCUUGUUGAAUGCUAUCAUGAAACUGGUGACGUGUCGAUCACCUGCACGGGAUGCUCGGCGUUCUCCCAAGCGCGCAACAGAGUGUGACGCUCAGCGUUCUUUACCUAGACGUUCCCCUCGGCGCUCCCGUUCUCCCAGGCGCUCUCCUGUACGGGAUGUUCGGCGCUCCUCGCCUCGUCAUUCCCCUCGGUGUUCAACUAGGCGCUCUCCUCGGGGUUCACCACGGCGCUCACCUCAGCUUUCACCUCGGAGACAACUUUCACCUCUUCAUUGGCGUUCGCGUUCCCGAUCACCUUUGUUUAGGUCCCGGGAUUCCUCGUCUCUUGUGUCGGAGGCUCAGUUUGUUCCAGAUUACGAGGAAGAAGACAACCAGGGUCUGACUCAUUUGGGCAUGGAGAGUGUUUACGCCUGGAUAGCUGACAGACUUGUCACUUGCCCGUCUCCAGGGUUGGAUAUUCCUCGUGCUACCUCCAUUUGAGAUGAACCAGAGCUCCUUCUGCCACCGCAUCCCAUGGUUGCUGAUGCCAUUGCUUCACUUGAUGAGGAUUUCCAAAAGUUAUCUCUCAAUCCUUCCAUCAAGCCUGCUAAACAUCGCCGUCAGGAUUACAAGGUGCAUUCUUUUCACUUUGUGGAUUUUGGCGCUACACAAGAUGAAGCGGCCAAACGAUUGUUGGAUGCUUCUCAAGCUCAGUACAAGGUCCCAGAUGCCAAGUUGUUCGCGAUUGAUACAGAACUCUGUUGAACCUUGAAGCCCGGAAUUACUGGCCAUGCUGAAAGCUUUAUCAGAAGUCGAAGUUCCGCCCUCC